AACUUAACACACAAAAAGAAAAUAAUAAGUUUCACAAAACUCCAAAAGGUAAAGAAUCUGACCCAUUCACAUAUGCGUUUCACAAACACUGUCAUGUCCACCACACGAUUAAACCAAAGAGAAAAGAGAGAGAGAUACAGAGUGAAAGAUUGAAGCAAUCGAAUGGAGAGUGUGGUGGCAACAUGGAGCAGAGAAGAAGAGAAAGCAUUCGAGAACGCAAUUGCGUUGCAUUGUGUAGAGGAAGAGAUAACAGAGGACCAAUGGAACAAAAUGGCGUCAAUGGUUCCAAGCAAAGCUUUAGAAGAAGUAAAGAAACAUUACCAAAUCCUUUUAGAAGAUGUCAAAGCAAUCGAGAAUGGUCAAGUUCCUUUACCUCGUUAUCAUCACCGCAAAGGUCUCAUCGUUGAUGAAGCAGCAGCAGCAGCAACUUCUCCUGCCAACAGAGACUCUCAUUCCUCUGGAUCAUCGGAGAAGAAACCAAAUCCUGGAACCUCUGGGAUAAGUAGCUCCAAUGGAGGAGGUGGAGGAAGAAGUGGAUCCAGAGCUGAGCAAGAGAGACGAAAAGGGAUUCCAUGGACUGAAGAAGAGCAUCGGUUGUUUCUUUUGGGUUUGGACAAAUUUGGGAAAGGUGAUUGGAGAAGCAUUUCAAGGAACUUUGUGAUCUCAAGAACUCCGACACAAGUUGCAAGUCAUGCUCAAAAAUACUUCAUCCGGCUUAACUCGAUGAACCGAGAUAGAAGGCGGUCUAGUAUUCACGACAUCACCACUGUGAACAAUCAAGCUCCUGCGGUUACAGGAGGACAACAACAACAACAAGUGGUUAAACAUAGACCAGCUCAGCCACAACCACAACCACAACCGCAACCACAACCACAUCAUCCGCCAACAAUGGCUGGAUUAGGGAUGUAUGGUGGUGCGCCAGUGGGACAACCGAUCAUCGCACCACCUGAUCAUAUGGGUUCAGCUGUUGGAACACCUGUGAUGCUACCACCUCCAAUGGGAACUCAUCAUCAUCACCAUCAUCAUCAUCUUGGAGUUGCUCCUUAUGCUUUACCGGCUUAUCCGGUACCACCAUUACCGCAGCAACAUCCAGCUCCGUCGACAAUGCACUGACAACAAAACAGUUGGUAAUAACUGACAAAUAUUGUACUGAAAACUUGUGUACAUUCUCAAAUCGAAUAGCGAAACUGCGGCAAAUAAUAAUGUACAGCAGAGGAAUCUGUUUUUCCAUUUCAAAAAUCUAUGAUUUUUUGUUUUUCUCAAUAUGUCAGUAAACUUCUUGAAACAAAAGCCUAUAGGAUUU